GAGAGAGAGAGAGAGAGAUUUCUGAAUGAUUCCACAAGCUGAAUGAAUUCAGUGACACUCUCAGUGAACGGUACGUAGCGGCUUUUUCCCUUCUCGGUUUGAGAAGGAAAGUAGGAUUUACUAAAGCCGAUGCAGCAUGUGAAAGUCUAACACAACCGACUUUCUACUCCUUUCUUUUUUACACAUCGUGUAGUCUGUCUCUGAUCAUAAGCAAUUCCACCGCACUGAUUUCUCCUCUGAAAUGCCGUAAUGCCACGCGUGAAUGUUAGCUGGAUUAUUACGGUGCUCACGGUGGAGCUCGCGACGCUGUCUGCAGCGCACGCUCACAGCUGUCACGAGGUGAAAACGGCGUUUCAGGUGCGUCAGAUCGGCCAGCUGAAAUGGGUGCCUGAAACACCUGCUACAGAUGUGGACCUGUCAAUAUGCAAGCAUGCUGGGCCGUCAUGCUGUACGCGAAGAAUGGAAGAGAGCUACAGAGCAGCGGUCCUGAGAGACACCACCCAGAACAUCAGAUCAUACAGCUAUGAGCUGAAAUAUCUCAUUUCUGAGCAUGCUGCCGCCUUCCAGGAUACGUUCCAGUCUCUAAUCACCUUCUCUCAGAAUCACCUGACUUCUGUGUUCGAGACCACAUACUCUUCCCUCAUGUCGCCCAUCUCCCCUCACAUCGUCUGCCUCUUCACUGACCUUUCUCGCUUCCUUCAGGGCACCGGCAAUGUCUCUGUUGAAACUGCUGUCCAUCGUCUCUUCGACAAUCUCUUCCCAUUAGUCCACACUCGUAUUGUCAAUCCCGGCAUGGCUGGGAGCAUUGGAGAGGACUCUUAUGAUGGAAACCAGCUUGGUGACUGUCUCCGCAUGACAAGGCAGGAUAUUAACCCCUUUGGGCCGCACCCUAAGGCGAUGGCAGAUACACUUGCAAGCGCGUUGCGGGCAGGCCGGAUGCUCAGCCUGGCUUUCGGGGUGGGGUUAAAAGUAAUGAAUGUUACAGAGACAGCGGAGUUGUCCAAGGAAUGCACUCGGGCUCUAGUGCGCAUGCAUUACUGCUCUCAUUGCCGUGGACUCACCCUGAUCCGGGCGUGCAGUGGCUACUGCCUCAACGUCAUGCGCGGGUGCCUGGCCAGCUUCUCAGAGCUCCACAACCCCUGGAGACAGUAUGUUACCGUACUGCAGGAUCUCACGCACAUCGUCGCCGGAGCUCACAACCUGGAACUUGCUUUGCUGGGGAUCAAAGGUCAGGUUGAGGAGGCAAUACUCUACGCUCAGCUCCACGGGCCCAGGCUAACUGCUACGGUGGAUAAGGUAUGUGGUCACUCUUCAAAUGUGUCUUCAACCACAGUCAGAAAGUUUCCUUCGACUACAGUCUCACCGGCUCCUUCCAACAGCUCACAGGACGUUCCAGGAGCCAAUAAGACCGGCAUGUUGGCUCACCUUAACAGGGAGUUUACAGAGUAUAGCUCCCGGUAUAAGUCUUUCUUCUCCAUACUUCCGGAGACACUGUGCGAAGGAGAGAUGGGCAUCGACGAGCUCACGUGUUGGAGUGGAGAUGACGUGGUCAAAAGUUAUACUUCAAGAGUGGUGGGCAGUGGAGUUCAUGCUCAAAGACAGAAUCAAGAAGUAAGGGUCAGAGGUGCUGACCCUGUGCUUAUGGAUGCCAAAAACAUACUUGAGCUCUUCAACAUGGAGAUUCAAGAGGUCAUGCCGGGUGUGGGGCUCAGGGAGUCCUGGGACGAGAGAGGCAGUGGAGAGAGCAGUGCUGAAUGUGAUGAUGAGGAUGGUUGUGAAGGCUCUGGAGAGUCUGUAGCAUCUCCCCCUCUCACAGAAGCUGAUGUAUCCAAAAAUGCAGUAAAGGUGUCCUUCCACGACUCGCCCAUCACCCAGAACAAAUCGGAAGCUUCUGUUCCCAUGGCCAGCUUCAUCAUCAUCAUCAUCCUCGCUCUGGCACUGCACUGGCCCUUCAUCUGAAAGGCCACAACUGCAUACACACACAGUGAUCAUAUGCACAGAUGGGUGAACAUCAUGAAGAAGUGUCAAGGGCAUAUUUACCUCAAAAAAAAAAAAAAAAAAAAAAAUUAAAUCAUUAAAAUAUAGUUACAUUUUUAUCAGCCAUUACUCAACUCUUCAGUGUCACAUGACCCUUCAGAAAUCAUUCUAAUGUGCUGAAUUAUCAGUGUUGGAAAAAAAUAAUGAAAUAUAAGUAUCCUGUAACAGUUUACACAACCAUUCAAAAGUCUGGCGACUUUCAGGAAAGUUACAUUGAUAAGAAGUAAUAGUUAAUACUUACAUUGUUGCAAAAUAUUUAUAUUUUGAAUAAAUGCUGAUAUUUUAAGAAUCCUGAAAAAAAAGUAUCACGGGUGCCAUGAAAAUUAAACAAUAAAUAAAUAAAUAAAUUAAGCAGCACAAAUGUUUCCAAUAUUGAUAUUAAAUCAUCAUAUCAGAAUGAUUUCUGAAGAGUCAUAUGACACAGAAGAUUGGCUGAUGAAAAUAAUGCUUUGCCAUCAUAGAAAUAAAUUAUACUUUAAUGUAUAAUAAUUCUGUUAUUUUAAAUUGUAAUAAUAUUUAACAAAUUUACUAUUUUAGCUGUAUUAAAUGGCAUCUUGAUUCGCAUAAGAUACUGCUUUAAAAUACAUUAAAAUACUUUUUAUUUUAGCUAUUAUUUUUUGCAUUGCAGUCAGCUACUAAGAAUUGGUGGAGGGCAUUGUUUAAAUUUGGUUCAUUUAUGGCUAAUAUAUAUUAUAAUAUAUAAUACGCAUCAUGGUCUUAAUGUUAACUAUAAUUUCUUGUUUCUUUCUUUUGAUUUUGGGGUGAAAUAUGACCCAGUCAUUUCCUGACUGUUCAUAAGCGAUCACCUACACUGCACCCCUAAAUAUUCACAUCGCAGGGUUGUUUCAUUAUGUUCCCAGCCGCAUUUUUGUGGAAGAAUCCAGCCGGGAAACUAGCGGUUCUGUUUGGGGUGUGUGAUAGGGUGUGAACCCUAUCCACUGACUUCUAGAAUCGGGUCAAAACUCUUAUCAUCACUGACUUGGACUGUGGAAUGCAUGAUAAAGUAUACAGUAUGUGGAAUCAUCGCUCGUGACCACACAACAAAAAAAGAAACAGAAUUUGUCUGCAUAGUCAGCUAGGGAUUUUUCCACCAUACACACAGAGCAUUAUUGAGUCUAUGAAUGAUAUGCACAUUGUAGUAUGUAUAUAGUUUGAACUGCCGCUGAAUUUAUAGGACGAAUAGUUAAGUAUCACACAAACUUUUUUUUAUUUUUAUUUUUUUUUAUAAUACAUUUCAUCAGCUCUAACUGAAACCCAAACAAACACAUAGUUAUAAAGACAUAAAUCUUACAAAGUAGUGGCAAUGUUCUUGGGCUUGUUUGCACGACUUUCAUGGCUUUAAAGGGCUCAAACAUCCCUUUAAUACUUAACUUAAAAAAUAAAAAUAAUUCCCGCAAUUACCUUCCAAGUGCACUGCUUUUCUAAGAAAAUGCGCUUUUAACUUAAAGAUGAACGUUUAUUAAACAUAUUUGAGAUAUACCUUGCCAUUUGGAGUAUAUACCUGUCAAUUUCAUGAGGUAACAUUUUUACAGAAUUACAUAUUUGAAACUGCACUAAUUGUACUUAUAUAUAAAAAAGUGUGGUAUUUGGUGUUUGCGUGAAUGUUGUCAUGUUUAAUAAAGUAGAAGAAGAAGAAGAAAAAAGAUCAACAAAAUCACAGAUAUGCAGAAUGCCUUUCUUUUAUAAACAAUAAACUUAAAGCAAAGCAAUGCAAGAUGUUUAGAGAUACCAAAUAUUUGAUAUAAUAGCUUCUUUAGCAACAUAAAAUGUUUUUAAUUUCUAUUAUAUGUUAACAUUUAAGAAUCUGUAUUACAACUUUGUUCUUACACAGAAGCAAAGGUCUAAUGAGUCUGUAAAAAAAAUAAUUCUGUGUCUGAUUGCACAUGGAUUGCUACAUUUGAUUUCCUUUUAUAUAUCUCUGAUGUUGGUUCUAUAAUGUUUUUAUAUGAACCUUCAUGUUCAUGAAUCUUCAUACAUUCGAUAUAUUUAGGGAUUGCAUGAUGAACUCUUCACCUUAAGGAAGUUUAUUAUUGUUUAAAAGUUCACCUUUUGUUUUCUGCAGAAGAAAGUAUGUCAUACCAGUUUGGAAUGACAUGAGGGUGAGUAAAUGACGAUAUAAUUUAGAUUUUUGGGUUCAUUGUUUUUUUUUAAUAUUAAUAAAAGUUAUGAAGAUCAAUGUGUGAUUAUGCAAAUACAAAACCAAUGUUCUUACGCCAGCGUGGUAUAUUUCUGUGUAUGACUGUAAAACGGAUUGUGAUUACAUGGAGUUUGCUGUGUUUUAUUUGUUUGUUCAUAGUUUGGUUGGCACAGAUAAACACCUACAGUAUGGCUCAGCGAAUGAAGCUACUGAAAAAUCAGAUAUACUCAGCGCUUAUUAAAAAGUUCAAAUGCUAUUAAAGCGAUAGCUCGA